AUGUCUAGUUCAAGUUCCAAGGUUCUCGCUAACACCACCAGGGGAUUAGAUCAAAAUAUAUCCGCUCACAUUAGAAAGCGCAACCCUACCUCUCAAGUCUUUGACUUCAAAUUUGACUUCAAUAUUGGGCUUAUGCGUCGCGACAGCAAUAAUACCAGCAUCCGCACCGACUUCUCCAAUGUCGAUGGCUACUGGCCAUGGCUUGUUGACUCUCCUGGAGACUCCGGUACGGACAGCACGGACAAACGACACCUUGUUGAGCGAUACUACUCUUCCAGUAACAAGAACUGGAAAAAUCGAUUCUACGAUUCCAAUAACAACUUUUCUGCUACUCUGGGUAGCCCCAUCAAGUUUAAAGAAGACAUCAGCGCCCCAAUUUUCUGGCAGGGAGCGGCAAAGUGUCAGAUUGAUGGUAAAGAGUACGGUGAAGGGUUUGGUGCCUUCGUCGAGGGCACCGUUGACGCGAAGAUCCUCUUCGGCUGGUCAAUGGUUAUCGCCACCGAAUUCUACGGUGACUUCACGGUGAAAGAGGCCAACGGGUUUAUGACCGUCGAUGGCACUAGUGAUUUGACUUAUGGAAUCUCGGGCAUGGGGAAGGUCGACAUCACGAAAGCCAACAAAGGAAAUCCAUCUUUCAGUCCGGCAGAAACUUUCAAUCUUCAAGGAGACACCAUCACCAGUGGUCAGUAUGGCGCUUUCAUGUCCUUUAGUCCGUAUGCAUCGAUCACCUAUCAGAUGGCUACGCUCAACGGAACUGGGGACUAUGAUUUCUCCGAUCCUGGAGUCUCCUUCAACGGUCGUCUGACUAGUCGUGUUCAGACUGAUCUCGGCGACAUCACUGCUUACUACCCUUCCCCAACAAAAGAUCAGGUUGCGGAAGAUUUUGAGGGCCGCGCUGAUAAUAAAAUCUCAUUUGGGACCGUUAACAGAGUUUUUGAGGUGCAGGGAGAUGGCGGUCGGAUUUCGCUAGGCACAUAUAUGCGUUUCGGAAUGGGCAUGGAGUUCACGAUGCCUUUUAAGACUAGGGAAGGUGAUAGUCGUCCUAUCAAGAGGAAGGCAGAUGUGAGUUAUCCUACAGAAAGCUUUUGA